AUUCGACACCAUGGCCCUCAAGAGUGCGACCUGCAUUCAGCGUGCUGCUGCAGCCCGCAGCGAGGCUUUCUUGGCCGCGCUGCCGGCUGCGCGGGUCGGCACCAGCCCUGUCGCGUCGAUGCGCGUGAUGCUGCCGUCCUCUUCUGUGCAGUCAUCCAGUCUCUUUAGGACGACAAUCCAGAAGGCAGCUGUUGGUCGCGCGCUCAGCGUCAAGGUCUCUGCCGUUAACGGCUCGGGCCUUAAGGUCGACCUGCGUGGCAAGAAGGCGUUCAUUGCGGGCGUUGCAGACGACCAGGGUUUCGGAUGGGCUAUUGCGAAGGCUCUGGCGGAGGCCGGCGCGGAGAUCUCCCUGGGCGUUUGGGUUCCCGCGCUCAACAUCUUCAAGACCAGCUUGGAGAAGGGCAAGUUUGAUGCGAGCCGCAAGCUCUCGGACGGCUCCCUGAUGACCUUCAGCCACAUCUACCCCAUGGAUGCCGUCUUCGAUACCAUGGCGGAUGUCCCUGAGGAGGUUGCUACAAACAAGCGUUACGCAGGCAACAAGAACUGGACGGUGUCGGAGGUGGCGGAAAGCGUUAAGCAGGACUCUGGCAAGAUCGACAUCGUGGUGCACUCGCUGGCUAACGGACCCGAAGUGGUGAAGCCGCUGCUGGAGACCUCCCGCAAGGGCUACCUAGCGGCUCUGUCGGCCUCGUCGUAUUCGCUGAUCUCCAUGGUUCAGCGGUUCGGACCGAUUAUGAAGGAGGGUGGUGCGGUCAUCUCCCUCACCUACAACGCCUCCAACAGAAUCAUCCCGGGUUACGGCGGUGGCAUGUCGUCUGCCAAGGCGGCGCUCGAGUCUGACACCCGUGUGCUGGCGUACGAGGCCGGCCGUAAGUUCAAGGUUCGUGUCAACACCAUCUCUGCCGGGCCGCUGGGCUCGCGUGCUGCCCGCGCCAUUGGCUUCAUCGACGACAUGAUCCGGUAUUCGUACGAGAACUCGCCAAUCCAGAAGGAGCUUGCCGCCAUUGAGGUUGGCAACGUGGCCGCCUUCCUGGUGUCUCCGCUGUCCUCCGCCGUUACGGGCCAUGUCAUGUUCGUGGAUAACGGCUUGAACGUCAUGGGCAUCGCGACUGACUCCAAGACCCUGGACCGCCCCGAGUAGGCGAAUCCACAUGGUGAACCUGACCGAACGGCAGCUAAGGGGAUGGGACGAGUGGACGACGGAUAGACGGCGAUGAGAGAAUGGGUGACUAGGAGAGUGGCGAAGCCGGUGAGCACUGCUUCAGCUGUUUAGUCUGUGGAUGCGUCGGGCGAGUUGAGAUCGUCAGGUCUGGUUUUCGGAAUCGGUAGAACGGAAAUCCAACACGUAUAUAAUAAAGGAGGCCUCGGAAACAUUGAAGGUGGGUGUAGGUCGGGCGGAGCAGGUCGGAGUUUGGAGGAACCAGGCGGUCAUGACAGUUUUGUAUUUGGCUGAGAAGCUGCAGUCAUGGCUGAGGCGGAGGCAGAUGGCUGUGCGGUCCUACUGCGGGGUGGGGUGAAAUGUUGCGGAACGGCUUGGCUGCCCGGGCCCGGUGAUUGAGAUUGGGGUUACGGGUGUGGCGCAUCAUCCUGUAUGUGUACUUAUGUGUGGCUGUCGCUGUUUUGCCGCAAAUAAGCACCUCCCUCACACGGAUGUGACGUUAUGACCCACACCUCCCUCGGUAGCGAAUCCGUAAAGCACGUCGGUGGUUUGGGCGCAUGUUCCGUGUCCCACACAACACGUCACACCGCCCUGGGCUAUCAGGAGUGGCGAAACAUCUCUGGAUGUGCGACCCAAGACCGUAACAAUGUUGCACCUCAGGUUCUACUGUUUUUUUGACAAUUGACUAUACUGAAUGCAGUUCGGACUUGAUCGGCAGUCUAUGACGCUACUGUAAGAUACAAGCAUUCGUUGAA